UCAACCAACCAGAGCUUGAUUAAGCGGCCAUAUUUAAUAACGUGUAUUAUUGAAAAGAAGAACGUUGUGUUUGAAAUUUCAGUAAAAAGUUUGAAAUUAAAGAUUUAGUAAGUUGUAUAUACACACCAAAAACAAGUGCUUAAAAUUCGUCAGUGAUUUGUUAUUAAUCGUUUAAAUGUAUACUUUGAGUAGAAACCGAUAAUCAUAGUGCUCAACGAGAAAUAUUCAGCUUAUCGAGGGCGUAUCUACUUAUGAGAGAAUAAACAUAAGAUUCACCAUGAAGUCAUCUUAAGAAACAACAAUGGCUUCUGGUUCUCAUGAGGAAGAUGUAACAUAUUUUAAAUACGCUCGCAGUGCUUACCCAAAGUACAAAUAUGCAUGUCAGUAUGUCCGUCCAUUGAUAAUCAAAUGUCAGGGACUUCUCAGGAAAUGCGGAAUUAAAGACGACAGGCGUAUUCCAGAUUUUCAAACUGUAACCUUGGCUGUACAAGGUUCAUCUCAUGCACCAUUUCUUAACCAAUGUAGUCACACAGUAACAGGCGAUGAGUGUGUGUCCUCAAGUCCUUUAGUGGCCUAUCAAACUAGAAACACAGAAGAGGGCGAUGGGAAUCCUCUUAUAUAUGUAGCAAAAUAUCACAUUGCACGAAUGUCGGACAAACGUGCAAACCUCUUAGGCGACUGCGUGAUACUUAUAAACAAAAGUCUUGCAUCAGAUGAACAUGACGGCAUGAUACAUGUUACAACGCAGGAUUCCUUUGCGACAUUAGUUUCCAAUUUACUGGAAGAACUCGUGUUUCGUUGGCUUAAAGGGCUAGUGAAAGUGAUGGUUGUCUUAGACAUCUUUCGUCGUCGAUUCCAGUCGGUUGACAUGAGUGACUUCGAGAGCAAGUUGUUUGUUACACUGACAGAUAUGUUUGAGAACUGUAGUGGUCGCAAUCGUUUCCAAGCAUCUGAAGCACUCCAAGAGCUUUUGGGAAUAGGUGGUUUUUCAUCACAUGAUGAAUGCAUGACCGCUCACAUUGGGUUGGUUGAAGCAAACAAACUGCUCAUAAAAGACACGAUUUUUGAAGCAAUUGAGAUGUAUAAGCGCAGUAGAGCCCAAAAUGAAGCAUGGCUUGAUGCGUGGCCAACAAUUGAAUGGUCUUCUGCCAACAUCACGGAUGAGGUCUGCGAUGCUGUCCGGAAGGUUGAUGGUGCAAUUGAAUGUGGGAUUAGGUAUGGAACAUUCUGCGUAUAUGUUCAAAAUACAACGCAGUCGUCCGACGAGGAGAUCGCAAAACAGGAAUGUACCGUUUUAAGACAAGUACACGAAAAUCCACUGGCAGCUCAGUGUUCUACGGGAAGCAAAAUUCACGCGAUGGGCGUUGGGACACUGGGAGGAUUUGCUAUGAAAGACGAUUCAACGCUUGCGUUGUUAGCCAGGCAUGUUGUCGGAGAUGAAAACGAUGUACACAUUGUUGACGAAAAUGAAUAUCAUCGCAUAGGACCUAUUUUGAGUCUAAAAGUUGAUCUGAAUUUGCCGGCAUCUUUGGAUAUUGCUGCAGCUCUUGUUAUCAUUGAAAUUCCUGAAAAGCGUUUUAAAGACACGGACGGGAGACCUUCAAAUAGCAAGUUAUUUAAUUUUGAUGAAGGGGAUACGAGUUUUUUGGAAUCACUUUCAGUAUAUAUUUGGGGAGCGAGUUCAAAACCAGGACAUGGCAAAAUAACAACCUGUGACUCGAAAACAGUCAAAGGAAUGAACAAUAUUGUAAUUGAAGACAUUACGAAAGAGUAUUACGAAAGCGCCAAUGAGUUUAAGCCAUUUGCUAAACCUGGUGAUAGUGGUUCAAUAAUUUGUUGUGAGAAUCCUGAAGGCAAAUGUAUCCAUGUGAUUGGAAUGUUAAUGGGUGAAAGAGUUAUUAAAGACCCAAACAAUUAAAAGAAGCAAUACCUGGCUUUUCCGUUGCAACAUGGCUUAAGACAGCUUUCUAUGGAACAAAAUCACGCCGAUGGUCAUAUCAGGUUGUACGAGGACUCAUAAGAUUGUUAUCACAAGAAGAUUGUUAUCAUCGAAUCGCGCUCUGAAAAAAAGAUGCAUGCGCGUAAAGUUUAUUGUGCGAACCCCACGGGCUAAGCUGAGAAGUGACGCAAAUGCAUUUAACCCAGUUUUCAAAGAGCGUGGCUCACAAUAAAGCGAACGCGUGUUUAAAAUUGCCUGCCUCUUAUAACAAUAUUACUUGUCAAUAUUGACGACACUGCAUAUUAUUGACCAAUACACAUCGACGAUGGUCGAUAUUGAAGGUUGUAUCCAUAAAAUGGAUAUGGACACGUUUAUACGUUUAAAGAAAUUAAUGACGGUCAUAAACCAAACAAAUGAUUUACAUGAAUGUUCAUAUAGGAAAUAGUGUUAUAUUUGUUGAAAUUGACAUGUAUGAAUCGCGUUUAUAUUGUACACGUUUGGAAGAAAAUCAAUGUAAGUGUGAAUUUGAUUAAGAGCUGGUAUACGAAAUUGCCGUAAUUAACGUAGAUCAAUUUAAAUAAAACGGCCAUAUGGUAUAAGGAUGAGCUCGUAAAGAUGCAUUGUGUGUCUUCUUGGUUGGUCAAUUUUUAUGUCAUACGGUCCUUAUUGAAUUUUUGAAGCAGAGAUUGCAGCAAACAUGUAUAAUAUUAUGUUAUAUAUUUGAUAUUAUUUACAAAUAUGAAAUUUGCAAUGACAAAUAAAAUUGCUAAACGUUUAAAUGGGACGAAACAUUACUGGUAAGACCGCGUACACGUAAGUUAUAGCUGAUGGGGGAUGCUACGAGGAUUUUUUUUAAUUAAAGCGGCGAACAAUAUUGAAGACCGCAAGGACAUUAGUUUCAGUGUUUCGCUACCUUAUUAGAUAUUGUAAAGUGUCUGUCCGGCUAGCGCAUUGGUUGGUAUAAUCGCUCCUCACAUAGGUUACCCGGGUUUAAUUCUCGUUCCCGACAGCAUGCGAGUUGGUGGAAACAAUACCGGGCAGGUGUGGCUUCUUUCAGGUAUUCCCCACGAAACCCAAGACCGCAUUAAAAUUAAACAAUCUUUCAUUAACAGUGAAAAGGAUGAAAAUUACAACUGUAAUAAAAAAAUUCGUCCCAAAUUGCGUGAGUCUUGAAAGUUAAUUACAUUACCGUAGGUAGGAGAGCUUGGGCACACUUCGGGUCUAUACAUAAUGAUGCAUCUGGCUCGGGAAGGACCUCGUUAAUUUCCAAAUAUUCACACACAUACACACACUUGAUAAUGUAAAGUGAUGCUUUUUUCAAGUAAUUUAUAUAAAUCUAUCAUUUUAGAGCUGGUUAAGACUUCUUUAAUAUUUUUGUGUCAUUUUUUUAUUUUCAACCUAAAAACUAACACAUAUGCAGAGUAACGUUAAGUACAAAUUAUUAAUGAACUGU